GUGUUUCCGUGUGUGGUGUUGUGAUCUUGACAUAGUUUUGAUCAGCCUUAAAGGCAGAUGUUGCACAUUGUGCGUCAUUUCACGCCAAGUGUCCACUCUGCCGAUCGUCACCAUGAAAUCGUCACUUCUACUUUGCUGUGCUUUCUCAGUAGCACUGUCGCUGGCUCAAGUGAACAAGCCGCCUGCAACUGUAACCCCUGCUGAAGAGUUUUUAAGUACGGGCCAGCCUGAUCCCACCAGCAAGGACAUCACAGUCAUGCCCGUGUCCACCACCGUGCACAUUACAACCCACCCUGCGCCCUCCACCAAUGCUACAACCAACCCUGCGCCCUCCACCAAUGCUACAACCAACCCUGCGCCCUCCACCAAUGCUACAACCAACCCUGCGCCCUCCACCAAUGCUACAACCAACCCUGUGCCCUCCACCAAUGCUACAACCAACCCUGCACCCUUAACCAACACCACAACACCUGUGCCCUCCACGAACACAACCAGCAAGCCGACAACCGCUCCUCCUCCUCCCAAGCCCACGCCGCCCGCCGAUUUGAGCGUCGGUAACUACAGCCUGAUGAAGAACAAGGUGGUCUGCCUCAUGGCUCACAUGGCGCUGCAGAUCCGUCUGAUGACACCAAAGGCCAACGGGACCUUUGUGGUUCAGCCCAAUAAGACCAAAGCAGUUGGGGAGUGUCAGGAAAACAAGGCCAACCUUACCCUGGUCUUCCAAGAGGGGUUCAUCACCUUCAUGUUCAACAAGAGCACGGCUGAAAACAUGGUCUAUGUGGAUGCGCUGUCCUUUAACCUCCUCUACCCUUUCAGCACAGCCAACGGACAGUACGCUGCCAGCAACCAGUCGAUGCACAGCUUUGCCGCAAAGAUUGGCCACUCGUACUCCUGCAAGAGCGAGUCACUCUACAUGGGGAAUGGACUGUAUUUGGACGUCAAGCAAGACAGGAUGCAGGCCUUCAAUCUGACCAAGAGCAACGAAUUUGGCAUUACUGAUUCGUGUGUAGCCGACCAGCCAGAUUAUCGCGUGGCCAUUGCAGUGGGUGUCACACUGCUGGUGCUCAUCUUGGUGGUGGUGGUGGUCUACUUCUUGGGCCGCAGGAGGAGGACGGAUGGCUACCAGUCGCUGUGAGGCCACCAUGCCCCAGAUGUGGCUGGGUGAGGCAGAGUGCGCUCUCAGGGGCACUAAAGGGCACAUUUUUCUCAAAGUGUCUCAUUGAAAUCACUUUAUUUUUCUCCACUUUUGACAUUUUGUUUUAGCAUUCUGUUUUAAAUCGAUUUUAUUCAGAGAAUCAUAAUCCUUUGUGGUUGCCUUUUACCAAACUACUUACACAGUACACCCUAAUAUGUUAUUUUGUUACCAUGCAUUUGCAAAAAGGGAUGAUUAAGGUAUGCUAUCUGUGUAAUAAUGACAUGUAAUGUACGAAUCAUAACUGCACUGAUUGCUGUCACAGCUGAGGUUGUGCAUACGCCAGAAGGGAAGCCUUAUUUCUAGCAUUUUGACUUCCAACGACAUAACAUAUGGAUUGUUUACAAUAUAGCUUUUUUUCCCCCAUUUUUUCCCACUUUGAAUGCUAUAUUUUGCUAUUAAAGAACGACAUGUUUAUAACAA